ACUCUGCUACAACGAACAACAGCUUGUACAACUUACUAGACGCAUUCCACCCGCGAUAUAACCAGCACAACACAACCUGUUCAAGAUGCCUUCCUCUGCUCCUCCUGCCGCUGCCGCUGCCGCUCCCGCCCCCGCCGGCCUCGGCGACAACAAGGGCAUCAAGUUCCAGAUCAAGACGGGCAAUGCCCGCUGGGAAUGCACUCUGCAGGACCGCGCUCAGUAUGAGCGCAUGAAGGCUCAGCGCAGCGACUCCACCGACUCGAACUCGUCUACCGGUUCUACCUCGUCUGCCGAGUCGCAUUAAGUUGAAUGUAAAAAACAAAAAGAAAGAAAGAAACACUAAAGAAAAACAAAAGGAGCAUUCUUGGCCAAAGAGGCGAGAGUUUGCGUUGUAGUUUCUCGUUUUGAUGCCAUCUAUUAGGUACUUGGCGCUGCUCUGUUUUGGGCAGCAGGUGUUAUCCAUGGCGGGAGUGAUUUAGCGAUUGGGAACAGUCUUUGGGCUUGAGGAGCUGUCUUGUCAAAUCAGUAUCAUACCAAAUUGCACAUUGCAUGU